GUAUCACGUCAGUCUCUCCUCCGAUUUGGAAUGGAGACACGAUAAAUACCACGACAUGGAUGAGGUUCAACGAGAUCCUCGGGCAGGUUCUGAAUCCAUCGCUGAAGAAGCACAAGUUGAUCCACGGAAAUACUCACAAAGCAGCUCGGAGAGAUUCUUGGAGCUGUCUCACUCAUCCAUGGACCGAGUAUUUGAUGCCGAUUGUGGGAAAUCGUGUGAUUACAAAGUGGGGUCACCUUCCUACUUGGACAAAUUGCUGUGGAGAGACAAUAAACCCCAUCAUUACUCAGAGCCUAAGCUGAUUUUAGAUUUAUCCCACUGGAAAAGAGCAGCCAUAGCACCCGCAGCUGAGCUAUCGCUGGAAGAAGAACCAUCCAACCUCUUUCUGGAGAUAGCUCAGUGGGUGAAGAGCACACAAGUGGGUCUGGAAUGUCCUAGUUCUCUUCCAGAAAUUCAGGAGCAGGGCUUGCCAUCAUCUCCUCAUCAUCUCCACCAAGAACCCACGGAGGUGAAUAGUGAAACAGACCCUGAGUUUGACUUGGACGUCUUCAUCUCCAGGGCACUGAAACUUUGCACAAAACCCGAGGAUCUUCCAGACAACAAACUCAAUGACAUCAACGGGGCCUGCAUAUCUGAGCACCCCGGUGAGAUUGUACAAACAGAGGUGUACCAGAAAGAGCGAUGGUGA